AUGUUGAAAAAAAGGUCUGACAUUUACUCAGUCGAGAUUCAUGGCACACAGGAUCUGGAGAAAACAGACAAGGAAGAUGAAGAGGAAAAGUACAAAGACCUGAAAGGCAACAAGAAAAAAAGCAAAAAGACAGAUGACCUUAAGAAAGAACUGGACUUGGAUGAUCACAAACUCAGCAAAGAAGAGCUGGAGGAAAAGUACACUACAAGCAUCAGCAAGGGUCUCACUAGUGCAAGAGCAGCAGAGAUUCUGGCCCGAGAUGGUCCCAACGCUCUCACUCCUCCUAAAUCCACUCCUGAAAUCAUUAAGUUCCUCAAGCAGAUGGUGGGAGGGUUCUCCAUCCUCUUAUGGGUGGGGGCUUUGCUCUGCUGGAUUGCCUUCGGGAUUCAGACUGCUCAAGGUGUUGCUUCAGCAUUUGACAAUCUGUACCUGGGAGUAGUCCUCGCACUGGUUGUCAUCCUCACUGGUAUCUUUGCUUACUACCAAGAGGCUAAAAGUACGAACAUCAUGGCCAGCUUCAGUAAAAUGAUUCCACAGCAAGCUCUUGUCAUCCGAGAUGGAGAGAAGAAGGAAGUGCCUGCAGAGCAGCUGGUGGUGGGGGACAUGGUGGAGAUUAAAGGUGGAGAUCGGAUCCCAGCUGACAUCCGUCUGAUAUUUGCUCAGGGGUGUAAGGUGGAUAAUUCCUCCCUCACGGGGGAAUCAGAACCACAAAGCCGUUCCUGCGACUUCACUCAUGAAAACCCCUUGGAGACUAAGAACAUUGCAUUCUAUUCUACAACCUGCCUGGAAGGUACUGCCACUGGGAUGGUAAUCAACACUGGGGAUCACACUAUCAUCGGGCGCAUUGCCUCUCUGGCAUCUGGAGUUGGGAAUGAGAAGACACCAAUUGCUAUUGAGAUUGAGCACUUUGUGCACAUUGUGGCAGGAGUGGCUGUUUCUAUUGGGGUUCUCUUCUUCAUUAUUGCCGUGUCCAUGAAAUACAAGGUUCUGGACUCCAUCAUCUUUCUUAUUGGCAUCAUUGUGGCCAAUGUGCCCGAAGGACUGCUAGCCACCGUUACUGUGAGUUUGUCUCUGACCGCCAAGCGAAUGGCAAAGAAGAAUUGCCUGGUAAAGAACUUAGAAGCUGUGGAAACACUGGGCUCGACCUCCAUCAUCUGCUCUGACAAGACAGGGACCCUCACACAGAACAGGAUGACUGUUGCCCAUCUUUGGUUUGACGAUCAGAUCUACUCGGCUGAUACCAGUGAAGAACAAACAACCCAGUCCUUUGAUCAAAGUUCUCAAUCGUGGGCAGCUUUAUCAAAGAUUGUAACACUCUGCAACCGGGCUGAAUUCAAACCAGGACAGGAGAACGUUCCAAUCAUGAAGAGAGUUGUGGUGGGCGAUGCCUCUGAAACAGCCCUGCUGAAAUUUGCUGAAGUAAUCUUGGGUGAUGUAAUGGGCAUUAGAAAACGGAACAGAAAACUGGCCGAAAUUCCUUUCAAUUCUACUAACAAAUUCCAGCUCUCAAUCCAUGAGACUGAAGACCCCAAUGAUAAACGCUUCCUGCUGGUGAUGAAAGGAGCCCCAGAGAGGAUCCUAGAGAGAUGCAGCACCAUCAUGAUCAAUGGCGAAGAACAGCCACUGGAUAGAGAGAGGGCUGAGGCUUUUCAGACGGCAUACAUGGAAUUGGGAGGCCUGGGAGAGAGAGUGCUGGGCUUCUGCCAUUUGUACCUGCCAGAGGAUGAGUUUCCAGACACCUACCCCUUUGAUACAGACUCCAUGAACUUCCCCACCUCCAACCUGUGCUUUGUAGGGCUCUUAUCCAUGAUUGACCCACCUCGCUCCACCGUGCCAGAUGCCGUGUCAAAGUGCCGCAGUGCUGGGAUCAAGGUUAUAAUGGUCACUGGUGAUCAUCCAAUCACAGCAAAAGCAAUUGCCAAGAGUGUAGGCAUCAUUUCUGCCAACAGCGAGACCGUGGAAGAUAUUGCCAAGCGCCUCAACAUUCCAGUCGAGCAAGUCAAUAAACAGGAUGCUAGAGCUGCUGUAAUUAAUGGAAUGGAGCUUAAGGAUAUGACCACGGAGCAGCUGGACGAGAUCUUGAUCAAUCACUCAGAGAUAGUCUUCGCUCGCACCUCACCCCAGCAGAAACUGAUUAUAGUGGAGGGCUGCCAAAGGCAGGAUGCAGUUGUUGCGGUGACUGGAGAUGGAGUCAAUGACUCCCCAGCUCUGAAAAAGGCAGAUAUUGGAAUUGCUAUGGGUAUCGCCGGCUCCGACGCAGCUAAAAAUGCAGCUGACAUGAUCUUGCUGGAUGAUAACUUUGCUUCUAUUGUCACAGGAGUGGAGGAAGGCCGCUUGAUCUUUGAUAACCUAAAGAAAACCAUUGCCUACACCCUGACCAAGAAUAUUGCCGAGCUCUGUCCCUUCCUGAUCUACAUUAUUGCCAGCAUCCCACUGCCCAUUGGCACAAUCACUAUCCUGUUCAUCGACCUGGGUACAGACAUUAUCCCCUCUGUUGCAUUAGCCUAUGAGAAAGCUGAAAGUGACAUCAUGAACAGAAGACCCCGGCACAAGAAGAAGGACAGGCUGGUGAAUGAGCAGCUUGCUGUGUACUCCUAUUUGCAGAUUGGCAUCCUACAGUCGGUUGGAGCCUUUCUGGCCUAUUUUACCGUGUAUGCUGAACAGGGCUGGCUUCCUAACACACUGCUCGGCUUACGUGUCAAUUGGGAAGAUGAUUACUAUAACGACAUAGAGGACAGCUAUGGGCAAGAAUGGACUAGAUACCAACGGACAUACCUGCAGUGGAGUGGCUACACUGCCUUUUUUGUCAGCAUCACAAUUCAGCAAGUGGCAGAUUUGAUCAUCAGGAAAACAAGGAGGAAUUCCAUUUUUCAGCAGGGUCUUCUCAGGAAUAAAGUCAUCUGGGUGGGUAUAUUCUCCCAGAUAGCAAUCGCUCUGAUUCUCUGUUAUGGUCUCGGAAGCGUUACUGCCUUGAACUUCACGCCGCUUCGGGUUCAGUAUUGGUUUGUGGCCAUGCCUUAUGCCAUCUUGAUAUGGGUCUAUGAUGAAAUCCGCAAGCUUUUCAUCAGGCAAUACCCAGGAAGUUGGUGGGACAAGAACAUGUAUUACUGA